UCAGAAGAAGACAUGGAUGGUUGUACUGCAGUGGAGACCAAGGUACUGAUUGAUCCACAGCCCAUGGAUGACCUGAGGAUCGUGCUGUUUGGGAAGACCUGGGUUGGUAAAAGUACUCUAGGAAACAUCAUCAUGGGGAACACAGAGACUUUCACCUCAAAGGAUUCGUCCAAAGAUCGCACACAGAAAUCCCACAGCACUGUCGAAGGUCAAAAAGUGGUUGUUGUUGAUACUCCAGGUCUGUUUAAACCUGGAAAUCAUGAAGAUGAGCUGGUGAACGAGAUCAAGCGAUCCAUUGAUCUUGCCAGUCCUGGUCCUCAUGUGUUCCUGCUGGUGCUGAGGUUCGGUAUGAUCACCUCUGAAGAAUUAAAGGUACUGGAGGUUUUUGUGCGCACCUUUGGCAGACGUGCAUUGGCCUACACAACAGUGGUGUUCACCCAUAGAAAUGAAGAUGAAGAGUAUGAAGCUAACAUACAGGAGGCUAUGAUCGAGAGUAAGGAUUUUAGAGAACUCAUUGAGCAGUCCCAGUGGAGAUAUUUUGCUUUUAACAUUAAAGACAAAAGUCCUGCUCAGGUCACCGAGCUGCUGAAGAAGAUAACACCGAUGGGAAAAGAUUACUUCUACACUCCUGAGAUGCUCCAAGAGGCUGGAAAACUGGAAGAGCAGGACGAAAAACCAAAAACAGCAGAAACAACAGGCAGGCGUGCGCUUCUGGAAAGGACUGGAUUGGUGGGAAUCAUUUUGGGAUCUGUGGGGGGAUAUGUACUUGGAGGUGGUGAGCUGACGUCUACAUCAGGAGCUUUACUGGGAGCUUUAGGGGGUUCGGUACUGUCGAUGGGAACAACAGCUUUAGCGAUGAAGGCCAAAAUGCUCACUGACAAAUGCUGCAAAAAGUGAGUUUUAGUCCUACUGGGGGAUUUUGAUUUAGUUAAGCUCUUCAAACUGAGUUAACCACAUCUAAUUUUCAUAUUUCAGGAAGGGUUUUUAAGACAGAGUCAGUGGUUUGCAGAGUAGUUUACAAUGAAAAGAGUACUAACUACCAUGGGUGCUUUUGUGUUGGUGGAGGGGAGGGCAACAUGAUUACUGGGUACUUUCAUUACUGGGAAACAAACCUAAAACAGAACAUCAUCUUCCAUUUGGAAGCAGGUUUCCGCCUGAUGAAAGUACCACUCACAGGAGACAAUGUCUCAUAAUAAUGACUCAUGUCAGGUGUGAAUAUAGUGCAGGAAGUGGACAGUCUGGAAACCUGACCAGAACCAGAUGUUUAGCUGUGUUGGAGCAUCUAAAAGAAAGUCUGUGAGGCGCUCAGCAGAGAGUGAUGAGGAGGAGAACGACCGCGGUGUUUGGAUCUGCUGCUGACGUCUCAGAGCUCGAUUGUACGAGUUUCCAAAAGGAGCUAAAUGACUGGAGGCUCUGAGCUCUACACUGUCACCGUGGGACUCCACCACCACUCCACUAGAUGGGAGCUUUUUGUACAUGAACACAUCAUCAUUGUACAUUAUUAUUUACAACUGAACAUUCACCAGGUCACCAGAGUUUAGGGUUCAGGUUUUGUAGGGGCCACAUGUUAAUAAAAAACUAGAUGUUAGAUUCAGAUGAUGUUUCUAAUAUUUUGGCUUUGCGAUUUUUCCUUUUGUGAGUCUGAAACAACUGAAACAGGAUAAAAACAGGUGAAGCCUAACUCUGGAUUUGCUGCAGUGACCUGUUGGAUGUUAAGUGAACUUUUAUCUUCAUUAACGUGUGACUGCUUUCAUAUCCAGUGGUGAUCUGUGAGAUAACACAGUAAUGUCUUUAAAUGUGUUUUUGUGUGUUGGACAGUGGGACAGAUCAGUAAUCUAUCAGUUUGAUCAGAUUAGAUCCUGCUGGCCGUCACAGACUCUGUUCUACAUUCAUACAGUUUGUUCUCAUUUUAAAGGAUUUUUGGGUUUCAGGGUUUUCUUGUGUUUAUUCUCCUGGAUAAACUCCAUGUUCUCACUUUAGGAGUUUCUACAGGACUGUUUCCUGAUACAAAUGUAAAUGUGUGCUUCAGCUUCAGUGCAGACGGUUUUCACAUGUUUGUGGAUGGAAAAACUUUGGUUUCUUAAACUUGUAUAUACACAUAAUCCAUUACCCAUACUCCAAUACACAUGUAAUCCAGUAUUCAUACUCUUGUAUCAGUCUAUCUUACAGCAUGUUUUGUAGUCCAGAGCAUGAGCACAUAUAAUCACAGUCACAUCUGUCCUGAUGUGAACCCACAGGCUCGUGCUGAGGAGUUUGGUAAACAGUUUAAAUGAUGUCUGACUUUUAUUGUUAUUGUGUGUUGUAUUAAGUACCAGCUCUGCUUUGGAUUUUGUGCCUGAACUUGUUGUACAGGAAGUGCUGACCUUGUGCCUUUGAGCAGCAAAUAUGUGAACGUGCAGACAGACAGUGGGACGUGUCUGCAGACGUCUCCCUGUGUUAGCAGAGGAAUAUGUCUGUGUCCGUCUCAUAGAUGGACUGAGAUCAGAGAUAUGGAGACAGGAAAUGUGGUUGCUAAGUGGUUGCUAUGGGCACUGAUGUGGUAUAAAACAGGCUGACAGAGAAAUCAGGGUCUGGUUAAUUCAGUGACUGCAGGCUGCUGUGUUCUCUCUGCUCAGGUCACACACCUUUCUGCUGAUAUGGAGGAGUAGUGGUGCUACUCUCAGUCCCUCCCAAACCCCCUCAUCCCUUCUCAGAUGGCCUUUCAGUCACUACUGUGUCUGUGACCAAAGGUGAACAUAGAUGAACAGCAAGCUCUCUGUUCAACAGACCAGCACAGCAUUGCUGCAGAUUAACUUGUUUGGUUGUGACGGGCAGCAGUCUUCCUCAUUUAGCUCCAGUUUGGUGUAAUAGCUAAAGUGUGACUGUGAGCUGCUGACAUGGCUCUGGGUUAGCGUGCAUGUCAGGUGAGUGAACGUCGUCUCAGCAGUUUUCAUAUUAACUGACAUGUUUUCACCCUGGUUUGGAUGGACAGAAAAUCCAAAACAUCUUUUUAUUAUCAUACAACAUAUAUAUCCAUGUGCUGAUCACAUGUGGUUUGAAUAUAGCCGUACACAGUCAGGGACAGUCUGGGACAUUAAACUAUGCUUUUGUGUGUGAACUUUAGCUCACAGCAAACACGACUGUGAGGCCUGGAAUCCACAUCUGUAUCAGUGAGGGUUAGAUUAAGCGAUCCACCAGAAUCAUCCACACACGUGUGUGUAA